GUUGCCCGGCGGUCGCCUGGUAACGGAUCGCGACCGUCCUGGCUAAGGCGGCGCAGGCGGCGCAGGCCGCGGAGGUCUGUGAGGCAGAGCCCAAGGCGGGCUCCUUGGGUUUCUUCCGCCAUGGCUGCUGCCGCGGCAGUGGUUACGCCGUCGGGUUUAGAGGAUGGGGGGUCUCGGUCUCGCGGCGAAGGAGCCGGGGAGGUGGUCGUGGAGCGGGGCCCCGGCGCCGCCUACCACAUGUUCCUGGUGAUGGAGGACUUGGUGGAGAAGCUGAAGCUGCUCCGCUACGAGGAGGAGUUCCUCCGGAAGAACAACCUGAAGCCCCCGUCCAGACAUUAUUUUGCACUGCCUACAAACCCUGGUGAACAGUUCUAUAUGUUUUGCACGCUUGCUGCUUGGUUGCUUAACAAAGCAGGACAUCCCUUUGAGCAGCCUCAAGAAUAUGAUGACCCUAACGCAACAAUUUCUAACAUAUUAGCUGAACUUCGGUCAUUGGGAAGAGCUGCAGAUUUUCCUCCUUCAAAAUUAAAGUCAGGUUAUGGAGAGCAUGUAUGCUAUGUCCUGGAUUGUUUAGCUGAAGCAGCAUUAAAAUAUAUUGGUUUCACAUGGAAAAGGCCAGCAUACCCAGUGGAAGAAUUAGAAGAAGAAACUGUUCCAGAAGAUGAUGCAGAAUUAACAUUAAAUAAAAUGGAUGAAGAAUUUGUGGAAGAGGAGACAGAUAAUGAAGAAAACUUUAUUGAUCUCAAUAUUUUGAAGGCCCAGACCUAUCGUUUGGACAUGAACGAGUCUGCCAAACAAGAAGCUAUUUUGGAAUCCACAACAGAUGCUGCAGAAUGGAGUCUAGAAGUUGAACGCGUACUACCACAACUAAAAGUCACAAUUAGGACUGACAAUAAGGAUUGGAGAAUCCAUGUUGAUCAAAUGCACCAGCACAGAAAUGGAAUUGAAUCUGCUCUAAAGGAGACUAAGGGAUUUUUGGACAAACUCCAUAACGAAAUUAGUAGGACCCUGGAAAAGAUUGGCAGCCGAGAAAAGUACAUCAACAAUCAGCUUGAGCACUUGGUUCAAGAGUAUCGUGCAGCUCAAGCCCAGCUGAGUGAGGCAAAGGAGCGAUACCAGCAGGGGAAUGGCGGAGUAACAGAAAGAACUAGACUGCUGUCUGAGGUUACAGAAGAAUUAGAAAAGGUAAAACAAGAAAUGGAAGAAAAGGGCAGCAGCAUGACUGAUGGUGCUCCUUUGGUGAAGAUCAAACAGAGCUUAACAAAACUGAAGCAAGAAACAGUUCAGAUGGACAUUAGGAUCGGUGUUGUGGAACACACCUUACUCCAAUCAAAACUGAAGGAGAAGUCCAACAUGACUAGAGACAUGCAUGCAACAAUUAUUCCAGAAUCAGCAAUAGGCUCUUAUUAAAAUAAACUGUUUUCACGCUUCUGAUUA